UUUCUGCUACUACUAUUAUUUCCAGAAAUGUAGAUAUCGAGAGAUACACAUACCCCCUUCUCUGUAUUCUACUUCUGCCCCGCUCGGUCAUGAUUCCACCGCCUCCACCACUUCUCCUCACCCGCCUAAAUCUGUAGUACGCGGCAACAUUACCCGAGAGGAUUUAAGCGCUCCCAGCAAUUCAUCAAACAGUUAGUGUGCAUUCUCAUUUCUUCUAAUAAUUGCCAGUUGAAUUGAAUCCAACACUCUGUUGAAUCAUUUGGCUUAAGUACUCCCCCGAACAAAUGCCUGUGAGAAGGAGUUCAAAUGAAGGUUCUUUUAAAGUUAGUAGAAAACCGAGGGUUAGGACAGGGAGCUCAAAAGGCUCGGUGGAUGGAGUCAGAACCGCACGGUCAAGGGAUAGUGGUGUUGGCAGAGGCCUCAGAAAAGCCAGAGUUGCAACUGAGGGGUCGAACGGGUCAAAUGGGGGUGUUAGAACUGGAGAGGGCAAGAAGAUAGGGAGUAGAAGGUUGCAAAGCAGAGGAAAUGGUAGUGAUGCUGUUCCGUAUCACAGUGAGAUUGGAAGAUUGAGUGAUGUGCGUGGCAGAGGAAAACGAGAUUGGAAAACAAGGAGUGGGAACGAGGGGCUUGAACCGUUCGUUUGUGGGAAGUUAGGUCUGAAGAUGAAGAGAAUCAGUGCUGAUCCUAGAUUAGUUGAGGAAGGAACAUUCAAUGGUAAUGAUAGAAAGUUGAAGUCCCAAACUAAAACAAAUGUGCUCAACUCAAGUAUGGAUAAUGGAAAGAAGUUGUCAAGACGGAAGGAUUAUGAAUCUACAGACUCUAGCAGGAACAAGUCAGUGACUGAGAUUAGUAAAUUCAGGGGAAGUGAAUCACUUGAUAAGAGAGGGCAGAAUGGUAAGAUGGGGCGUGCUGAUAAGCUGAAGCAUGUUAGAGACAAUGGCAUAGGGAAUGUAAAAUCCAAGAUAAGUGAUGACAGGAAAGCGCCUUUGGAUAGACAAAAGGAGUUGAAUCAUAGAAUAAAUGCAGUUGGUUCUUUUGACAAGCGUUACAAUAGAAAGGAUCAAAAAAUGAAGGCCUUGAUUAAUGGUUCAUCUAUAACAGAGGCACCACCUAAGAAGAAAAAGCGAGGUAUCCGGAUAGACCCUUAUGAUACAUCCAACAAGAGAUUGGAUGAUAGCGCAUCUGAUAAAGGUACUAAACAGGUGAAAAUAGACGAGACAGAAAGCAUUGGGUUUGAAAUGUCAAAGAAUGCGCAAUUUCGUGCCAUCACUCCUAGCUCCUCCAUCCUUUCCUUCGUACAGGACAAUUUAUUAGGACGUAGACGUGAAAUUGAUUUUAAGAGGGCUGGCUACAACAUUGAGCUUCCUGCUCCUUUAGACAACAUACCCUUCUCAACAACUCCAGAAAGAGAACGCAUUGAAGUACCAGCAUUUAGAAACAAAUUAGAAUUCUUUGCUGCUGCAAAGAUUUCCUCAUCAUUUCCCCCUCCUGAUCUUCCUGAGAUUGCAUUUGCAGGCCGGUCAAAUGUGGGAAAGUCAUCAUUGCUCAAUGCAUUAACAAGGCAAUGGGGUGUUGUACGGACGUCAGACAAGCCAGGCCUCACACAGAGUAUCAAUUUUUUUAAUCUUGGACCAAAGCUAUGUAUGGUGGAUUUGCCAGGGUAUGGUUUUGCUUAUGCUAAAGAAGAGGUGAAGGAAGCAUGGGAGGAACUCGUAAAAGAGUAUGUCAUGACACGUGUUGGUCUAAAGCGAGUAUGCCUUCUUAUAGACACAAAAUGGGGUAUGAAGCCAAGGGAUCUUGAACUUAUUGAUCUGAUGGAAAGGUAUGAGACAAAGUACCAAAUUGUUUUAACAAAAACUGAUUUGGUUUUUCCAAUUGAUGUGGCACGACGAGCAAUGCAAAUCGAAGAGAACCUCAAAGCAAAGAAAUCUGCAGUUCAACCCUUGAUGAUGGUAAGCUCGAAAACAGGGGCUGGUAUCCGAAGCUUAAGGACAGUACUAGCUAAUGUUGCCCGGUUUGUGCCACGAUAGAAGGCGCUUUUUGAAAGGUAUUUGCUCAUGCUGGAUUUAGACUUAGUUCCCCCAUCUAUUUGUGGGUCGAGUUAACAGUUUUUAAAAAAAAAUAUGAGAUGCUAUAACACUUUUAUAGUCAUAGAAGAUGGCAAGUCUUGUAUUCGACGAAGUUGUGGUUUGGAGGUGCGUGAAGAUUUAAAAACAAAGAGGAUGAAUGCAUUGAUUCACAAUUCCAGCUUAA